UAAUAACCUAAAAGGGCUGUGUAAAUUUUAAGACCUAUUACUAGCGCUAUUUGGAGAAUUGGAGGUUAUUAACGCGUAUCCCUUUUUUUCUUUUUAUGCUUACACAGCGGUGGCGCUGUGAAACCUCACCUGCGCAAAUUAAAAGAACUCCAGCGCAGAUCUCGUUUGUUUUUUUCAGAUCUAAAAAAAUCUGAAAAUUCAUUUAUGCGGGGUUGCCGGCGGCGAUGGUGUGGCGGCGAUGGUGAGCCGACGGUGAUGAUAGGCUGGGUGCGGCAGUGGGGCUGGUGGUAGUGGGAGUUGGGGCGGCAAUGGAGUUGGAGCAAGUGACAGUGGGAGUGCGGCGGGUGGAGGUGACGGUGGUGGUGUGGGUUGGGUCGAUGGGUCGGGUGGAGGGGUAUAGACCCAUAUCCGAUGAGUUCGCUCUUGUUUCCGUCCCAACGGAGUCUCCACUGCAUCCAGGUUGCCGGAUUCCGGCUUUCUCCACAAUGUAUUCGGGAUUGGACACCGUGCUUUAUCAAGCACCACCUACCAUUACUGACUUGGGCAUCCUUAGUAAAUUUAGGAAUAGGUAUGAAGCGGAGAUCGAAGAACACAACAAAAUUGUCUCAUCUCCGCACAUGGCCAUUAGUCUAGGGGACGUGUUUUCAUUGCUAUGGCGCUACCCCGGCUGGGAAUCCAAAGUAUUUAGGCUCCUUUCCCGGGAACAUAUUGGGAUUUCCUCCGCGUGGCCUCCUCUUAUGACGGAGGUACCCGAGUUGUGCUCUUGGGUUGCCCCCCCGGGAUUCGUCACUAUUAACUGUGACGCCUCAUUUGCUCAUAGAGCAGUAGGAGCUGCUUUCCGGACACCCGAGGGCCGGCCCUUAUACCUCCUUCAUGAGGCCAUGCCAACCGACUACUCCAUAGUUGAGCAAGGGGAGUUGCUAGGCAUGAUCAAGGCUCUGGAAAGCUGCAAGGAGGUGCUCAAUAUUUGCUCUCAAGGAGGAAUCAAGCUGGAAAAAGGUUUUGUGCUUCAGUCUGACUGUUUGGAUAUGGUUAGGAAAGUGGGUGCUAGGGCAUCCGUGAGGCGCAAAGGUGCCGGAGCUACACUUGUCAAUCAGCUCCUUCAACAAGCUACCAAUCUAAUCCGGAAGAUUGAAGAAGAAGAUGGCAAAAGAGUGCAUGUCUUUUACACUCGGCGCGAAUGGAACCAACUAGCGGAUUUUUUGUCCGUCUAUGGAGGCAUGAGCUACAGCUCCUCGACUUCGGAGGACGAGGAAGAAGAUGAAGAGGAUCUUGUGUCGGCCACCUUCAAGAGAAUAAUCGCCGAUGAUAAAGAAGGGGCACUCUUUUUCCGUCACGAGGACUACGCUCGUCUUGGAAAAUUGUAUGGAGUUGAGAUUUCAAAAAGAAAGAGGCUGCCCAAUUGAGUGCCAAAUGAUGAAGGGAUACAAACUAAGAAAUGAAAUAUUGUAAGAUUG